AUGGGCAGUUACUACAGCUCUCCCACCGUAAAUUUAACCUUAAUCACAGUCACGAAGCGGUGCAACUCUCCCAACUCAAGUAACUGUACUAGUGGAAGCUCCUGGUGCAGAUCAAGUCGUAAAUAUGCAAUUCGGGAGACAGAGGCCGCUUUUCUGGCGAGAACAGCUCUGCUGGUAUUGCUGCACCGCUUUCCCAAGCCUACAGCGCCCUUUCGGGAGGAUCGGCACAAGCCUAAGGCGCAGCGGCGGCAGGCCCGGUGGAACGGUGCUUCUCAGGCGCUGCUCGCCUCCGAUCCGGAGGCAGCUUCCCGCCGCGGUCCCGUUCGCUCACCACGGCGCGCUGCCGGCGGCUUCCCCCCGGUGGCGCAGCGGUUACCGGGCGACCCCCGAGCCUGCGAUGGGCGCAGGAGCCCACCCAGAGCCCCCUCCCGCGCCGGCCCUGGCGCUCCUCUCCCUCCGUCACCCUCAGCAGAGACCAAGGUGUACGUGGGGAACCUGGGCACAGGCGCGGGCAAAGGCGAGCUAGAGAGAGCCUUCAGCUACUACGGGCCCCUGAGAACCGUAUGGAUCGCGAAGGAACCCGCGGGGUUUGCCUUCGUGGAGUUUGAAGACCCGAGGGAUGCUGAAGAUGCUGUCCGUGGACUUGAUGGGAAGGUGAUAUGUGGCUCCAGGGUUAGAGUGGAAGUGUCAACGGGGAUGCCUCGUCGCUCCCGUUACGACAGGCCUCCUGCACGGCGCCCCUUUGACCCUAAUGACAGAUGCUAUGAGUGUGGUGAGAAAGGCCACUAUGCUUAUGAUUGUCACCGCUAUAGUCGCCGAAGGAGGAGCAGGUCCCGGUCUCGAUCCCGUUCAAGGUCCCGAGGAAGAAGGUAUUCUCGGUCACGCAGUCGGAGUCGUGGUAGGAGGUCCAGGUCAGCUUCCUAUCGUAGGUCCCGGUCCGUUUCUCCUCGUAGGUCUAGGUCUGUGUCGCCCCGUCGGUCCCGAUCGGGUUCCUUGAAGAGAUCAAGGUCUAGAUCAAGAUCCAGAUCUAGAUCCAGAUCUGUUACAUGGCCCCGAAGCAGGUCUAGGUCUCACGGCAGAUCAAAAUCUGGCUCGCCGGCUAAGAGUCGGUCAAAGUCCCGAUCACCAUCUCCAAAGAGAAGUCGUUCACCAUCAGGAAGCCCUCAAAGAAGUGCAAGUCCUGAAAGAAUGGAUUAAAGUUAUGAAGUUAAUCUUUUAGGAAGAAGAUUAUUUUGCUUACAUUAUUAUAAGGGAUUUUGUGGUGUCUUUGUAAAUGUAAGAAUGUAGAUAGAAGAGUAUAUCAACUAAAAUUUGGCAUGAUCUGGGUCUUCUGAGUGAGUCACACCAAUAGACUAGCACAGGUCUCUUUUUAUUGUAUGAAUUAACUUCCUGUGAUAUGAAAAUGUGGGACUUUUUUAUUGGCACAUUGAAAUAAAAUGUGUAUUUUUAACUAAAACUUCUCUGUAGUAACCCUGCUGCUUCUGUUAACAUUUGGGUAAUUGUAGCUGUGUGCCAUGUAACGUGGAUGAAAAAUGUCUAAAAUGGGAAUGACUAGUAUCAGUGUCUUCUCAAACCAGCCACUUUUCACAUUUAUUGUUGAAUGGUCUUCGCUGAAAGGAUCAUUUUCUGCUUUGAAAUGGAAUUUAAAAUCCGUCUCUGUCUGCAGAUGGCUAAAAAUUUGUAUAUGCCCUUUUUAUUCCUUUAUGAUAUUUAGCGGGCGUUCAUUUUUCUCCCUGAUCUAAUUAUUCUGCAAAGCUUACUCUCUGGUGCUUGACUAGUUGUGAUACCAGAUGCCCCAGAAUUUAAGGAUGAGCUUUUAUUCAAAACACUGACAUCUUUUAAACGAGUAGCAUCUGCAGAAACCUCUAAACGUAAUAGAAAUCAUUAAUAACUUGACGCUGCUUUCACUUGUUGCAUUUUUUAGUUCUUUAGGCUAUUAACACAAAGAAAACUUCUUAGAAGUCCCCAGGGCAUGUUUUCCUUUUUUGAGGGAAGACGUAAGGUCUUCUGACCUAGUUUCUGAAGGACCUUAGGAAAACGUGCUUGAGAGGCAAAAGAAAGCUGUUGUUAGUCUUAAUGCAGCUCACUCAAACUUUCCUCCUUAAAGUGAAAGAUUCUCACAGCUGACCUCAGGAAUUCUAACCUGCUGCACAGAAAUCGGUUUUAAAGCAGCCCAGAUCCUGGAGAUGAUUUUGUUGAAUUAAGCUACUUUCUUACAGCAAAUACACACCUGCAGGAUUAAUUAUUUGUGUAUAGGUAUGUCAAACUCUGUGUUUGUCCUCAUUCUGUAGUCAAGAAUUGCAUGAUAAGGCACUUUGAUGCAGAUCACAGCAAAAGACUGGAAACAAUGUUAGACUGUGAACAAACAAACGGGUAGGCGGAGGGGAAAAAAGCAAGUAUUUUUUUACUGUGAUGGGAUAUCUAGCAGAAAUAAAGGCCAGUUUCAGCAGUAAACAAGCACUGAAAUGGAAAGUGAGGCCUGUUUGGGCUUACAAAAUCUGUCAUGGCAGUUUGCUUCCAAUGUGUAAACCACAGCAGAGCAUCUUAAAUGAAAAAAAAACACUACAGUAACUUCAGUCACACCUUGGGUAACCCAUGAUUUUAAAAAACAGGUUUCUUGCUAACAGUGACUUCAUGGAGCUUUUUCUGUGUAUGAGUGAGCAGUCCAGAUUCUGAACAUACUGUUGUGCUGCAGCCUUGUCUGGCCUUUAUGCCUAGUCCUAACUGCUGUGGUGCUUGGUGUCUGCCUGGACGCUCCCGUGGUGCUCAGCGAUGGGGAUUAGUGUUUCAUCUGCCGGGUGCAAUGAUCAGUAUUUUGGCAAUAUCCAUGAAAUUCCACCGUUGCCGCAGUGGGAGAGCGGGGAGUGUCACAAAUGUUGCCCUGCAGUGAUUUAGCAGAAAUGCCCAAAGCCUGUGACUUGUGUUUGGAAUAUUUAUUGGUUGUGCAUUGCCUGCCUGGUUUAUAGUGCAUCUGGAGAGAGGCACACGUACACUGCUGCUCUGGAAUUUGAUCAGCUUUUUUUCUCUUCUGUACUUUUAAGGCAAACCUACUCCACAAUAAACCUGCAGACUAACACG